AUGAGCCAAAUGACCGAUAGUUCGUCUUUAGACUUUGAAGAGUUAAGUCCUUCAUGCGUGUUUAUUAAUACGAAUAAUCCAAAGGUACAAAAUAAUGUUCGAAAAGAUAACGUCCCCUAUCCCUCAAUAAAACCUCCUUUCCCACCUUUACUUGAUCCAAAAGAUUUAUUAAUAAUUGGUAAAGAUAAUAAACCGACUCGUUCUCCGAACGCAUUUAUCAUUUACCGUAAAGUUUUCUUUAAAACUGUUAGAAAUGAAGGCCAUGUCUUACCUAUGACCGCCAUUUCUUCAAUGGCUUCGCAAUCUUGGGAACGAGAACCUGAGGAGGUCAAGAAAUAUUAUAAGAAACUCGCCAAAGAGGCUUAUAAUUAUCGUAAUGAACGUUUUCCUAAAAAGUCUAGUCGUCGUAAAAAGCGGGAGACAUGGAAUAUUAUCACUUUUAAUAAUAAUAUCACAUUCUCAACACCUUCACCUUCUCCCACUGUCAAUAAUAAUAACGAUAACGUCUCGAAAGAUACAAGCGAAAAUUCAUCGAAUUUGCAAUCGCCUAACCCUGUCGAGUAUGCCCUUGACGCAUAUAUGCAGCUUAAUACCGUAUUAUUGCAAAAUAUUAUCAUGUCAAAUGAAUUAUCUUUAAAUCUAUUAAAUAAUUAUGAUGCUCAAGCUAAUAUUCUCACCUCUGCCAUGAAUUUGCAACAAAUUCCAUCAUUGGAUGAUCAUAAUCCCGAUGAUCUGUUAACAAAUCAUCUUUUCGAGAAUGCUGAACUCUCAAAUUUUCAUGAACAAAUUUAUCCAAAUCCUUCACUGGACGACAUAAACGACAUAACCGACAAGAAUGACUUUUUCCCUAUUGGAAAUUUACAAUUAGAAAAUGAGCAAGAAAUAGAAUUUCAAAAGCUUUUUAUUGAUGAUGACUUGCAACAACAGCUUUUAUUUCUUCCUUUCGAAAAUUCGAAUUUUUUUUCGAAUAAACCGCAACAAAUCGAUUUAAAUCAUAGCGACGCAACUCCAGAUUUACUAACCAAUUCAAAUCCGGAAAUCUUUUUUGGAAGUUCGGAUCUUUCAACGGAUUUCACACAAUGUCGGGAAUUAGCACCUUUACCAAUCAAUGCUGAAUUCGAGGAUUUUUUCUCCACGUGA